AUGUCUGAAUUUUCUAAAGAAAUGUCUGAAGCAUGGAGAACAUUACCGGAGGAAGAAAAAACGAAAUACCAACGGAGGUACCAUAUAGAACGAGAUAAACUGGAGGAAGAUAAUAAAAUGUUAUCUUCUGCCAUGGUUAUACAUGAAUGUAGGAUCCUUAAGAUAGCCAAGAAUCUAGAAACGGCAUAUUUACUCCAUCGCAGUCCAGCUUCAGAAGGAUGGCUGUCAGAGCUGGGGGAUGCCGACCGCCGAAAGCUCUCAAUUGGCGUGGGGCAAGUGUUGAAGAUGAUAAUAACAGAUAAUACGAUACCAGAGGAAUCUAAGAAAGCAGAGUUUGUUAGAAAAAAAGUGCAAAUGGAAUGA